ACGAAGCUGGGGAUUAAGGUCCAGUUCAACACCAAGGUACACAACAUCCACUCAGUGCCCAACGCCACAGCUCCCGAUGGCCACGUGUACAGACUGCAGGACCAGACGGACCAGGUCUACGUCUGCAGAACUCUUAUCAUGGCGACUGGUAUGGCCACUCCCAACAUCCCUCCUAUGAAGGGAAUUGAGCUGGCUGAGGGAUAUGAAACCAUGUCCUUGGACCCAGAGGAUUACGAGGGCAAGACUGUGCUUAUACUGGGUCGGGGCAACUCAGCCUUUGAGGUCGCCAAUGGAAUAUAUGGAGCCACAAAUCUCAUCCACAUGGUUGCACGGUCUCGUGUCCGUUUAGCUUGGGCCACCCAUUACGUUGGGGACUUACGAGCUGUGAACAAUGAGCUACUGGACACGUACCAGCUAAAGUCUUUGGACGGACUGCUGGAGUCAUCGCUGAGUCACAUGGUUUUGGUCAAACGAGAUGACAAAAUCCACUUCACCUACAAAGCCAAUGACUUCACGCCUGACCGCUUUGAUAACAUCGCGCUGCGAGAGCCGUAUGACGUGGUCAUCAGAGCUCUGGGCUUCACGUUUGAUGACACAGUUUUUAAUCAAACAGCAGUGAGCAGGGGUAAAUUCCGUGCCAAGAAGUACCCUGCCAUAAAGCACAACUACGAGUCAGUGGACAGCACUGGCAUGUUCUAUGCAGGAACCGCCUCACAUUCCCUCGAUUUCCGGAAGUCAGCCGGGGGUUUCAUUCAUGGAUUCCGAUACACUGCUCGUGCCUUACACCGACUCCUGGAGUGGCGCUACGAGGGCGUGCGGUGGCCGUCCUUCACCGUGCCCCGGAGUCAGCUGCUCAAUGUGAUUGUGAAGCGUGUGAACGAGGCGUCUGGCACCUACCAGAUGUUCCAGGUACUUGGAGAUGUGGCAGUAUUUUCAGAGGAUGGUCUGUCUGUGACGUACUUGGAAGAGUUCCCGAUCCACCUGAUCCACGAGCUGCCGCAGCGUACGGGCAUCCAGGUGUUCUCUGUUCUUGCCGUGGUCUUGGAGUACGGCCAGAACUUCUCUGGUCCCGGGAACGACAUUUUCCGCAGCGACCGCGCCACGGGGGAACCGUCGGAGGCCCACACCUCCAACUUCCUCCACCCGGUGCUGUACUUUUACAAGAAUCUACCCACAGAAGAAAUGAUGCAGGCCCGUGACAGGAAGUCAACUCUGCCGCGGCCAGACGCCCUCCAUCACGUGGUGGAAGAUUUCACCACGCAGUUCACCGCCCAGCACAGCCACAUCCUGCCGCUGCGACGUUUCCUCGAGAACAUCGUACAGCAGGACCUGCGCGCUUUCUUCUCUGAGUCCUGCUUCCAGCUGGCCAUGACCCAUGCGGAGAUUCCAGAGGCUUGCGGCUCCCAGUACAUGGCUGGCCACGGUCUGCUGGGGAACCCGGACUUGUUGCAGUCGGCGUCUUCCACAGGCAUGUUGAAUGUGCUGUAACUGAGAGUAACUCCUCAUGACUCAUGACUCGUAUUUCAUCGCCCUUGUGAUAAGGCC